UAUAGCGUUGCCUGGCAACAACCCAGCGUGGACUUCUGGUAUACUUUGUGACUGGAGAGAUGGCGAAGUUCGUCCUCGCAGGUAAGAUGUAAUGUUGUUAUAAGCAUGCCAAAGCAGAGCUUCUUGCCGAUUAUCUUCAGAAGAACCUGCCACAUUUCACAGUUCACAAAAUCACUUGCCAUCCUGAAGACUGGGAGCAAUGGAUCUCAAAAUUGUGCCUGAACAAUGGAUGGAAGCAUAGGUGCUCUCCCAUAAUAUGGAGGGAGUUAUUGGAUCGAGGAGGCAAGGGAUUGCUGCUUGGAGGGUUUAAUGAGUUCAUGGAACAUGCACAGGAAUACUACAAUGUACGUUCAGCUAUGUUGAGUGAUUUAAUGAAGAAUAUUGCAACAGAAAACUUGGAAACUCAUGUUAAUUUACAGAUUGAAGAAGAUGAUAUAAAAAGGCAAUUUAACCCUCUACAUGUAUGGAUCACAAGUGCCUCAAUGCCUACUUGCUACAGUUUAGUACCUAUUUUAGCUACUGGUGAAGUUUUUGGUCCAGAGAAAGCUAUUUGGUUACACUUAUUAGACAACAGCCAAUCCAUGGAUACUCUACAAGGACUGAAAAUGGAGGUGGAAGACUUAGCUUUUCCAUGUAUAAGACAAGUUACAUUGCACACGAUGGCUGAUGAAGUGUUUCUCCAAGCUGACUUUAUAAUUGUCCUUGAUGAUAUACUUCCCAAAGAUGAUCAGUCCCCAGAGGAGUACAUUAAAAUGGUCACAGAAGAGUGUGUGCAGUAUGGCAGUCUCAUUGACCAGAAUGCAAACAAGGAAGUGAAGGUGGUUGUGUCAGGAAGUACCUAUGCAAACCUUAAAGCCCUUGUGAUGCUAAAAAAUGCACCGUCCAUCAAUAAUCAUCAUAUAGUGGCUUUACCAACACAACUGGAGUUUGAGGCAAAAGCUCAGAUUGCAAAAAAGCUGAAUGUAAAUUCAUCAGUUGUAAAGGAUGUGAUAGUUUGGGGUAACAUCAGUGGUAUUUUCCACCUUGAUCUGAAUCAAGCAAAGAUAUACAAGUAUGACAGUUCCAUAUGGGGUCCUUCUAGUUACUCACGCCCUUUGCUUGAUAUGAUGUUUGACAGAAAAUGGAUGAAAAAUGACCUAGUAAAUGAGUGGAAAAAUCGAAAGCUCCAUCGUUCUGGUUUGUCUGCAGCUCAUUCCAUUGCCAGUGUUCUGUCCUGGUGGCAACAACAUUCAAGCAAUGGAGAGAUUGUUUCACUUGGUGUCCUUAGUGAAGGCCAAUUUGAUCUUCCAGAGGAAAUGGUUUACUCCAUGCCAGUGCAAUUCAGAGAUGGAAAUUGGAAGGUGCAUACCCAGGUUGAUAUUCUGGAGGAUGCAAGGGAAAUAUUACAACAAGCAGCCUCUGAAUUAAUUAAGGAGAAACAUAUUGCUUUUGGAAUACCACUAGAUGAACAAUCCAUUGUAAUAGAAGAACAAAUCAUCAAACAAGAAGAACAAACUAGAAUAGAGGACACUCAAGAAAAUGGAAUUGCUGAUUUAAAAGUUUCACUUCCAAAUCUUGAAGAGCCUUCAAAUAAAAAUGAAAACUUGCAGGUCAUCCAAGAGAUAGAUGAGGAACCAGCUGAACUGAAAUUUCCAAACUGA